AUGUGCGCCCUCUCUCCGCGUCGAGCCGUCCGCAACGAGAACAAGUGGGCAGCUCGACAGAGGAGGAGGAGAGAAAAUCCAGCGGCUCAGGGCUUCCACCGAAGCACGAAACCAGCCGGGUUGCAACACUUGAAGAACUUUGAUAUUGCACCGGCUUCUAUGUCUCCCAUAGUUCAUUCGACCCACGAUCAUUCGCACACAGUUGUGGAGGCCAAGUACUACGAGGAUGGACUCUGGUACAAGGCAGCUCUUGGUAUCAGCUCUCGAGUUGUGCUGCCGUUGACUCUGAGAGCAGGUGAAGUGGUUGGGCCCGACAGACGACUCGUGAUGUAUGAGGGGUACGAGGACGAGGGAUGGCACGAGGUGCAUGAGAAACACAUCCGAUACCUUGAAGACGAUCUGAACCUCAAGAAACCUCACAAGCAUGUCCAGGGCGACGAUGAUGACGUGGCGACCGAGGCGGCGGAGAAGCAGAGGGAAGUCAAGGAGGCUAAGCUUCCGCCUCCUGCAAACUCGAGAAAUCCGCCGAAUAAGCCGAGGAGCAACAAGAAAUUCCAAGCGGUCACAGGCUUCCUUAACAAGACGAUAGGAGGAGUCAAAUCCUCUCCUGCCGCGUCGAAAGCAUCAGAAUCUUCGCAUCCCGCUGCUCUCGCUGCUCCUGCACAGUCAGUGCGCAACAGUCAAGGGGAUGCUGAGAAAGCCACGAAUGGAGGCGAGAAGCAUGUUGUACAAGCUUCUGAGGGGAACAGAAAAAUCUCAAAGUUCGAGCAAAAUCAGAGAGAAAUUCGAGAAACAGAGACGAACAAGGAAGAAGCGAAGAAGGAGGAGAAGGAGGAGAAGGAGGAGAAGGAGGAGGAGGAUACGUCCUUGAACGUCACCUACGAUCUCUUAACUUCUUUGUCUGAGCGCCUCACCGACCUCAGCAUGUUCGAUCCCGAGCAGAUAGACGAGGAGCGGCUGACCUCUACCCUCACCACCCCGGACGGAGCCGUUCGCUUCCUCGAGAUCUGCCGCCGCCUCAUCGAACGAGUCAGAUCGCUGGAAGGAAGUCCAGGAAGCAAUUGUUCGCAUCGGCAGCAUGUCGAGCUCUUCCUCCGUGAGAGAGGCUGCGACGACAAACUUUGCCGCCUCUCCUCCCCCAAGUUGAGAUUCCACGCGCUCGAGUUUUUGGUCGCGGAGUUGCAAUGCGCGCAGAUGCUCGUGGACUUGGAGGAGAAGGAGGAGCGACGAGGGGGUAGACAAUGGGGGGACAAAGAGGCUCCUGCCCUCCAGCCGAGCUUGCAAGAUGCGACGGACUUGUACAGGAAGUUUGUGCUGCAGCAGGUGAUGAGAGCAGUGGGGAUGAAGGUGGGUGCGAGGGAGGCGGGAAAAGCAACUGCCAUCCUCCUCUUCGCGUGCGAGUACGCGAGGAUGGAGCUUGCUCGCCUUCCUGCUGAUUAUCUCGGAGACUUCUUGCUGCCUAGAGGAUGUCUCUCCGAAGAGCAGGUUGUCAUCUUGUCCGACAUAUCCCAAGAGUUUCGCUCCGAGUAUUCUCUGCGCAAAGAGAUGCUCCUGCAGCGCAUCGACGUGCUGGCCAAGUGCUUCUCUUAUUCUACAGCUGAAAAUUCUCAUCUCAUCGAAUCUGUACGGGGACGCAUCGCCCUCCUCAAGAAGGACCCUUCCUUCACCGUCUAUGACCUCUACUGCUCCCGCUCCAGCAUCGCGAGCUUGUGCAUCCCCUCCAGGAUCUUCGGCUGCGCACUCAAGCAGGAAGAGGAGGAGGAGGAGGAGGAGGAGGAGGAGGACCAGGAGGAGCAGGAGGAAGGCGGAGGAAGGAAGGUGGGGGGAGGGGAGGGGGAGAAGGAGAGCGAGGUUUUGAUAGGUCGAGUGCCAGACAGAGGAGGACGAGUGGAGGCGAUUAAGGCGACGGACAUGGCGAGGUGA